AUGUCUAGAGGUGAACCUACUCAUCCUCUCUGUCUCUCACGCGCCGCUUGCAAGCUUACUUUUGCCCUCACAGACUCUUGUGCCGCCGUUCCAUUUCAUUCCAUCCACCUCGGUCUCUCACCUUGGUUUCUCUCACGCCGUUCGCUUCUUUCUGCCGCUCAUCCCUCUCUGUCACUCUCUCGCGUCGCUGCUCACUCACGCCUGGUAUGCAUCUUUCUGACCUGCUCAUCCUCUAGGUCGGUCUCUCAUGCCUGGGUUUUGCUUAAUCUAGCCCUUUCUCUGUCUUAA